AUGUGGACCGAAGCAAUUGCAGAACGCGGUCUGUCACUCGUCCUCCCCACUCGCCCAUUCUGCCUCGUUGCAGCCGUUUCGGCCAUUUCGCUCUCCAUCGCCACUCCCCCCCCUCCCCCACGCCCCUCACCGUCCAUGCAUGGCUCAGGUCAUGGAUUACGUGAACGCCUUGAAGGCCUCCUUUGGAGGCGAAUUUGCCAACAGCCUCUUUCGGCAGAGUCAAAGAUUGCCUCAGGCCUCGUCAGGUCCGACCGACUGGGCGCCAACUUUCAGACAAUUUGGAAGACGACAGAUUCGGCAAAGAGGGACAGCCUCAAACAGCUGGUCGGUCUCUUGACAAUCGGCUUAUUCUUGUCGAUCACCACUUCUAAUAAUAAUAAUAAUAAUUAA